AUGCAGCAGCCGUAUAGCACUAUGUUGGCUGGCCAAGAGGAACUUGCAUCUGUGCUGCUUGAGUCUGCUUCUUCUCCUCCUUCUAUAUCUCCUCUGUCUGCUGAUUCCUCUAAAGAACAAGUAGUCUCUGUUGCUUUUCAUGCUAAUUUAACUGCACCAGAAGCUUUGCAAGAGCCUGUUAGUGAUCUGCACGGGGUGUCACGGACCGUAGGUGAUACGGCUUUCAGUGUAAAGUUAGGCAAUGAGGUGGAGCCAGAUUAUUCAGAGGUGUCCUAUCAUAAGGGAUCUUCCUCUUUAGGGCAAAUAAAGGAAGAUGUGAUCUUUUCAGAAAAAGGUUAUGUAGUUGAACAUCCUACAUCUCAGCAAGAGACCGUAAGUGAAGACCACACACCGUUAUAUGCACAGUCUGCUAAAGAGAUGUUUUCAGGAAUGCUUAAAGCUGUUGGACCUCCUCAUGAGGAAUUUUCAGAGAUCAAAGAAGCACUUGAAGAACAGUAUGUAGAUUUCAAACCAUUUGUGAAAUCGUAUGAGGGUGGUUAUGAAGCCAGCACUAAGAAAUUUGAAAGUGAUAUUUACAGUUUGAAUAUAGAAGCUGUGAAAAGGCCAGAGCAAAAAUAUGAAGAAGAUAAUGAAAUAGACUUAUCUGAUGAUAUUUCACCAAUUACGCCAGAAGGUCCUGAGUCUUCAGAGUAUGAAAUGUUUUCUUUAGAAAAGAGCCUUUAUCCCACUACAGUGGAAAGUCAAGUUUUAGGAAACAAAACCGAUGAGAAGAAGAUGGAAGAAGUGGAAGCCAAGACAACUUCACUGGAGUCGGCCUUGAACUUUACAUCCUUGAAUCCUUUCUUUGAGCAUGUAGACCGACAAGAUGAUUAUGUUACAACUCACGAUGUCAUUGGAGGUGAUCUCUCCCACGUACCCACCAAGUCAGAAGGCCUUACUCCAGAUAUUGUACAAGAAGCAUAUGGAAGUGAAACUCAUGAUAUUGGCAUACCCAUACUUGGAUAUGAACCCAAAAUGGAUUUGGUUCAAACAGCUGCCAAAGCUGUUAAAGAAAAUGCUGCCAAAUCUGACAAUGUUACUCCUACAUCUCAAACACCUGCACUGUUUGAAGGCACAGAUUCUGUAUCUUCACCAGUUUUGCCUGAUAUAGUUAUGGAAGCACCAUUAACAUCUAGUUCUGUUGGGUUAGAAGCCAGUGUUUUUCAUCCAGAUGUUUCACCUGUAAGCAGUGCCCCUGCUGUUAGUGAGGAGAAGAUAAAAUUUCAGUCUGAGAAACCACCUUCAUAUGAAGAAGCUGUAAGUAAAUCUGGAACUCAAGACCAGGACAAAGCAGCUAAACGUGUUGAAGUAAAGGAAGAGUCCCCAUCUCAAGAACCGGAGGCACCCUACAUAUCCAUAGCAUGUGACCUAAUAAAAGAAACUAUUCCAACAGAAUCGGCACCAGAUUUUUCAAAGGCUAUGAAAGAUGAGUUUGAGUCUCAGUUUAGUCAACAUUUCGAUGAUAGUUCAUCAGAAUCUGAACACAGUGAGCCUUCCUAUAAGCACUGGGAACCUGAGGUUGUCUCAAGGAAAGUUUGUGACUCUGUUACCAGUGUGAAGACUCAAAGCAUUUCUCCAGAAAAGGAACUUAAAGGUGAUUUACUGUUUAAAGAGUCUUCCCAAAAUAAAUCCUAUUUGCAUUCAUUUCAAGUACAAUCAAACACAUCUCAGAACCCCUCUGAUUUUAUUGCUAAGGGUCCUGUUACAGAAGUUUUCAAGAGUCCAGAUAAACCUUUGCAGAUGGAAGAAUUUGCAGUAGGUAUACAGUCAGGAAAGACUCCUAGUCCAAAAUAUUCACCAAUCAUUGAGACUGCAGACUCUGAGAAGUCCUCCCCAAUAUCCUUUAUGGAAGAUGCUAUUCGAACCUCUGAUGAUGUGCAUGUUGAGAUGGUUCAGAAAGCUAAGCUGCCAGAUGAGCCCAUAAAUGUACCCAGCUUUGGGAAGAAAGAAGACCUGUAUUCUGCUCUUUACCAGGAUCCGAUGCAUGUCAAAGCUAAGCAGUUUCAGGAUACUGACAAGUUGAAUGAAUAUGCUAAAGCUGUAGACCUCACAACCAGGGAUGAUUCCUCAAAUGCUAAGGAUACUAAGCUGCCGCCUCCUCCAAAAGAAGAUGCUCCUGCUGUCAGUUCCACAAAAGUGAAACAGGAAAGCAAAGAUUUAGCAAUUCCUGCUCCUGUGCUUACACCGGCUUUAAAGAAUUCAGGUAAUAUGUUUUUUUAAUGCUACUUUUUACACUGCAUGUUGUAGUUUCACUAGUUAUCUUUAGUGAAAGAUCUAUCCAAAUACGCAGGUAUUUCAGACCUUCUGUAUAAAAGUAUUUUCCUUUAAAUGCAACAUUAAUUCUUGAGUGUAUGUAUGUCUUUUUUUUAAUUUUUAUUUGGAUUGUUGGUUAUACAGUUCAGGACAGAAAGGUCAUGCCAAUUGUUAGCAGAGGAAUUUGGCUUUCUAUUUUUGCUUGUAUCCCAAGGGAUCACAGUUGUCUUUUUGUUGUUGACGAUUGAUCCUUUUCCAGAGAGACCUGAAACAUGAACAUGGGAGUCUAGAUUUCUUUUGUCACAAUGUAUUUUCAGCAUCAUGUAAAUAGUGAAUCGGGGGUACAGUGCUAAAUUGUGCAAAGAUCACAAGAAAUAUUAUUUAUAGACCUCUGUGGAGAUUACAAGAAGGCGUGAUUUUAGUGUGUGUGUAUAUAUAUAUAUAUAAUGCUCCUACAAUCUCCGUUCUGUCGCUUAGGAGUAAACCACUUAUUGUUCUGUUCAAAUAGUAGAUCUGUUACAGGCAAUGUAAAGUAGGCAGUGAGACAGUGUAGGCACCAUGCUGGAAGGUCUGACUAGCAGUGAAGGCUUGUCCAAAGGGACACUUGGCGAUGCUCUCCACCAGUUUUAAUGUGGGGGAAAAAUCAGUUGCAGUUCUGUAAUAGGUUCAGUUCUUCACAUUCCUCCCCCCAUAGCUGUUAGAAGAAGCGAAUGUGAGAGCAUCCGCAUCUAGGUAUGUAAAAAAUUGGGACCAGUUUGAAAUCGGCCCUGUUUCAUCAGUUUUUGCACAUGCCUAGUGUCCUGGAAUUUCCAUUUAGUUGAAAUUCAGGCAGCAGAGCCAGCUGCCCAUGAAUUGAGGCAAGCUGUUGGCCUCUCUAUUCAGCGUCCCUUAUUGGCUGAUCGCACCAGGGAGUGGAGUUACUGUGCCCACAGGAGAGAGAAGCAAGAAGCCACACAGGAAGUGCGCAGCAGCAGAUCCUGGCCCUUGUAUAGUAUCUUUUUCUCUCCCCCAAUAGUCCCAGUGAUUACCUGAGGCUUGAUAAAGCAGGAGAAUUUAAUCAAAUAUAUAAUUUAUGUAAAGCCAGGGUUGCAUAAACAGUGACAACUCCUAGAUAGCAGAAAAUUGAGCUGUGAGACCACAAGGGCAUGAUCUGUACACCAAAACUGCUUCAUUAAGCUUGUUGUUUAGGUGCUUAUAGUGUCCCUUUAAUAAAAAAAAAAUUGUCACUAUUGUGAUAUGUUUGCUUUUAUAGUUAUAUAGCGCAGUGUCCGGCAUCCGACACACAACUAUUUGGGGAUAGGGUGGAGGUUAAACUGUGCUGUUCUAAAAUGGCUUGGUGACUGUGCAAUACUCUAUCUAUACAUUUUGCUAGAACAUGUACAAUUCUGCCCUGUAGUUAUCAUUUUAUGAAUAACAUAAUAUUUGCCACUAAAUUAUAUUCAUGUUUGGCAUAUUUAUAUAAAUAAUUUUACGCUACUAUCCAAUAGGUGUUCCAAAAAGAUUAGACCAAACUUUUUUGUUUUUCACUUGAGCUAGUAACUGUCAGAUAUCUGAGACCGGUGAUCCAAGGGGUUUUUCCAUUUUCUGUUAAAACUGAUAUCCCAGUUUGUAUGUUUCAGGCCUUAUAUGCCGUGUCUGUGAGGAAUGCCAAGCACCUUUCUGGAAACUGGUUGAGUGGCUGUUCACAUAAAAUACCUGCACACUCACAGUAUUAGCUUCUUUAGAUAGCACCGAAUUACAAAAUAGGCACCCUGUUCUUCACUAAAUUUAUCCUUCAGCAAAUAUUCGCAUUUUGAACACCGUCGCAAUUUAAAACCUCAGGCAUGAAGUUCAGGGCUUGCUCAUUGGCUGAGGGUGUCCACUCGUUGCUCUCAUUAAACAAGCAAAGACCUGCACCACAAAGCUUAGCUCAGAGCUUCUGGCUCUGUCAGCUGUAGUGGAGGCAGUAGGCAGCACCAGGUGCACCCAAGGUAAGUAGUCAAACUAUUAUAAAACAGUUUGACUAUUUAAAAUGGGGUGACCAGGGCACACCUUGCACCAUAACCACUACAGAGCACUUAAUAUGGUUUAUGGGAUAAUUAGUUGAUCCUUCAGUCGCAGUUCAUCUCAUCACGUGAGGCUAGUAGAACUGUUUUUUAAACUAGUGGCAGCCUUACUACGUUGCUAUAAGAUUAUGGUUUGCAGUUUUGUUUACAAAGUUGGGUGCUGCAAGCAUCAGUUGGUAAGUGCAUGCAUAUGUCCACAGUUCAUGCUCGCUCUUCGGGAGAGGGGGUUUCCUCUUGGAUGUUUGUGGUGCAUGUUCAAGUUACAUGGACCUUAAAGGACCACUAUAGUGCUCUGAGGGUGCCCCCACCCUCAGGGUCCUCCCCCUCCCGCCCGGCUCUGGAAAGGGGAAAGGGGUUAAAACUUACCUUUUCCAGCGCUGGGCGGAGAGCUCUCCUCCUCUUCUCCGCCCCGCCGGCUGAAUGCGCACGCGCGGCAAGAGCUGCGCGCGCAUUCAGCCGGUCACAUAGGAAAGCAUUUACAAUGCUUUCCUAUGAAUGGCGUCUUUCUCACUGUGAAAUCACGAGUAGCAAGGAAACGCAUAGCGCCUAGUGGCUGUCAAUGAGACAGCCACUAGAGGAUUAGGGGGAAGGCUUAACCCAUUCAUAAACAUAGCAGUUUCUCUGAAACUGCUAUGUUUAUUAAAAAAUGGGUUAACCCUAGAAGGACCUGGCACCCAGACCACUUCAUUAAUCUGAAGUGGUCUGGGUGCCUAGAGUGAUCCUUUAAGAGCACUCACCUCCAUCUUUGGAAUUAUAUACCAUCCUGGAAAAAGACACAUUUUAAUGCAUAGUUCUUGGUGUGCUUACAGUAACACUCUAACUGCUUGGGGUUUUUCCACAUUGCAAGUGACUUCAUAUUGCAGAGCCUCUUAACUUUGUAACUCCUCUGGUUAAAGAUCAAGAACAUGAUUUCCAGGAAUUGUAUGGUAUUGGUGGUCACCAUAUGUUUUGCUCAUAAACAAAGCUAAGCAACUUUACUUCAAAGAUAUAACCUUACUCAAGUUACUAAAAUGAUCAGCAGGUUUUAAACGUAUCUGUUACAAGGAGACUGGUGCUAAAGGAGCUGUAAACGUGCUUUAUACUUUUGUAAAGAUUAGUGUUUGCAGAUUGUGUACUAAGAAGGUCAUUAGAUUGUUAAAACGUACUAAUUGAAUAAAUCACAUCAUGUUCUUUGAGAAGCUCUAGUGAUAACCAUUACAUCUUUUGAUCUCUUGUGUACUUCCUGUCCCCAUCCUGUCCUUGUAAUGAUAUCCUUUGAAUGGUGCUGAUUACUGUUGGAUAAAAUGGGAAAGGACGACGGGGCUAGCUAACAUGUACCUCUUUAAUAUAUCUUAAAUAAUGAUGUUUUUUUUUGUCAGUAUAUUCCACAAUGCUUUACAAUUAAAGGGUUGAGGAAAACCUUCCUCAAAUGAGCCUCUAUUUAUAAAUCUAUGCAUUUUAAUUUGGAUAACACUCCUCUGAGCGUUUAUCGUCUUAUGGGGCAGUAUGAUGUAUGCUUUUUGCAUUGUUUAGCGUGAUAGGGGGUCCUCUAUGCUUGUGUUCUUGUAAAUAGUUUUUCACUGCAAUUAGCUGCAAGCCUGACACUUUAUCUUGGAUAGAUAGGAGGAAGCAAAAUGUGUAAAGUGCUAUUCAAUUCCCCACCUCCAUGAUUGCUCUGUGUGUCCCUGCCCAGGUGAACCCUGUGCACAGUCCCACAAAACUGGGGUGUGGGUAAAUAGAUAGCAGCUGUGUUAAGGCGAUAUUUAUUCCUCCCUUUCACUCCUUUCUAAAGAAUGUUUGUUUGUACGUGUGUGUAGACUCUUUAAAAUCACAGUAUGGUAAGGUUAUUCAGGGGUUUUUCAAUGGAAUGUUAUCUAUUUUGAAAUUUCAAUAUUAUUCAAAGCUAUGUCUUUACGUGCACUAUUUUAUUUGUAUUUUUAAAAACAAGUGUAAUAUUUGAUACAUUUAAAUUUCUCUUUAAAAAUCUGGUUUGUGGUGUGGUCAUCCCCCCCCUUAGACACUUGCUUAUGUGUUGCUGAUGAGAAGUGAUACAGUGCCACCUAGUGUUGAAAACCCUGUAUAGUUCAGAAUUGUCAUGUGUUAAAGUUAUGGUCUGUGAAGAAGCUUCAAUAAUGGUUAGAGUAAAUUGGAUAGGACACACGUACGGUUUCCCUUCCCCCUGAAAGAUGAUUUAUCAUCAUCAAUGACUUACUACUCCUGUGUUAACUGGAGUUUCAUUUUCAUAAAUACUUAUUUUCAAGUAUGUAUAUUGGUCUAUUUAAUAUUUGUAUCUUAAAAGUAGAAUGGCUACUUGUUAUGUUUUUGGGCAUAUAAAUGCAUAAUGUUUGACAGUGGUAUUGGCUUCUAAGCCUGUAUUCGGAAAGGUGGGUGUGGGGGGAGGCUUGACCAUGUAUACCAGCUUGGCCCUUUUUAAUAUAAUUCUUAAACAGUCCUAUAUUAUCAAGAUCAUUCCUCUUUCUGGCCCACACCCAGGUCAAUAUUUGCAGAACAUCAUCAUCACACUUCAACCUCCUUGAUACUUUCACCAUUACUACCUGGCUAGUUCAAGAGCUGUUCCUUCAGUUGAUCGUUGUAUAAUGUGUGAGAAUGUAUGUAUGGUCACAGGAGACAGUAAUAAAGAUCAUGUAAGCUAUUUCCAAAAGAAAUUCACAUACUUAAAGGGACACUAUAGUCACUAGAACCACAGCUUAAUGUAGUUGUUCUGGUGAGUAUAUUUGCUCCCUUCAGGCAUUUUCAUGUAAACACUGCCUUUUCAGAGAAAAGGCAGUUUUUACAUUACCCCUAGGGACACCUCCAAGUGGCCACUCCUUAGAUGGCUACUGGAGGGGCUUCCACCAUUUCUGCAUGGAGACGGUGAGUUUUCCCUCAUAGAGAUGCAUUGGUUCAAUGCAUCUCUAUGAGGAGGUUCUGAUUGGCUAAAACGGCACUUGGCCCUGCCUCCGUGCCGAUAUUAGCCAAUCCAUUGCUUUCCCAAUGCAAAGCAUUGGAUUGGCAAAAAAUCGGCCAUUUUGAUGUUGUCACAAAUGGGGGUGGAGCCAGCGCCGGCAGACCCGCGCGGCGCUGGAGAUAAGGUGAGUUUUAAACUUUUAUAGGGGAGCUAAGGGGGGGCAAGCCACCUAAAUGGUGGGUUUAGCACUACAGGGUCAGGAAUACAUGUUUGUGCUCCUGACCCUAUAGUGAUCCUUUAACACAAUUCCUUUAAAUAAAAUAAAAAAAAUACAUAGGGUGGACAUAUUCAACGAGUCAUUGUCUUUUAUUUUUACUUUUAAUUAACAUUGAUCCUAUGUCUAUGCAAUAUAAAGGUGACUAUGUAGCCACCUCUCCUCCUGUUAUCUUGGCUGUGAAGUACAGGAGUGCAGCCUUGAAGUGUUUACAUUUGUAGUAAAUUGGAUUGUGAUGUGCGGACUACAGAAUCCCUAUGUUAAAGGAGCACUAUAGGGUUAGGAAUACAAACAUAUAUUUCUUACCCUAUAGUGUUAAAACCCUUUGCCCCCUCUUGCCUCCCUAAAUAUAGUAAAAUCUUACUUGUAUUAAAGCCUAGAGCUACUGGUUUUGUCUCUGUCUGCCUCAGAACAGCAAGCUACUUGCUGAUAUCAUCAGAAGUGUUGUUCUGAGCCAAUCCCAAUGCUUCCCCAUAGGUUUGGCUGAGACUGUCAAGGAGGCAGAGCCAGCAAGUCAAACACAGCCCUGGCCAAUCAUCAUCUCCUCAUAGAGAUGGAUUUAAUCAAUGAAUCUCUAUGAGGAAAGUUCAGUGUCUGCAUGCAGAGGGAGGAGAUACUGAAUGUUGUGAUUCAAACUAGGCCAGACUGAGAUAGGAAGCAGCUCUAGCAGCCAUCUAAGUGGCCAGUGAAGUUAUCAUUAGGCUGUAAUGCAAACAUUGCAUUUUCUCUGAAAAGACAGUGUUUACAGCAAAAAGCCUGAAGUGAAUGAUUCUACUCACCAGAACAAAUGCAAUAAUCUGUAGUUGUUCUGGUGACAAUAGUGUCCCUUUAAGUUAUAAUGGUUGUAGUGGAACUGUGAUGUCAGUUCUUUUGUUUAUGGAAGCUCUGCCCUACCAGUGAGUGUGAGCCUUGGGUAAUAAAAACAGCCAUGAAAUUAUCCUGUCCUAAACACACAAACUGUAAGUGACAAAUACCUCUGGUGUUGUGUAAGUCUUCCAGUUGUGAAGAUCAUAGCUCAUUGUUAUAUGAACACUUUUCCUGUUACAAUAAAUAUAAACAUUCUGCAACAACUGUCCUGAAUGACACGAGUUUUGCUAGCAAAUGAAUCCCUUUUUUGUUAAUUAAAAAAACAAAAAAAAAACAACCUCUGAACUUUGUCAAAACAUAACAAUGAAUAUAUUUGACAACUGCACCCAUUUCCAAAUGUCAGUUGCUGAUUGCAUUAUUGAAGUAUAUGGUCAAUCCCUCUUAAUACAUUCACCUAUAAACCUACUCUAGUAAGGUUACUGCUGAAAGAUACUCAGGUAAUCUGUUAACCACAAGGUCGUUUGAUAAGGACUUAUUUUAUCUAUCAAUCUGAGAUAAGGCCAGAUUUUUAAAUCUCAGUCUCUCCUUUCAAUACAAUAUUUGUGAGCUUGUACAUUACAGACCAUAUUUGCACUGUACAUUUAAGUGUUUUAAAAAACAUUUUAAAUUGAAAAAUGACUUGGUCUGAUAUUUGGAAGAUUGGUGCAAUUUUGUGUGUGAAUAUUUUACAUAAUUCUUGUGGUUUUUAUUUGGAUUUUAAAUUAAAUGUAAUAUAUGAGGGGGGGGGGGGAGAAGAAAUGGUGUAUUUGUGUUUUUGUGUUCCUUUUGAUAGUAGUUGUGUGUAGCUGUAAAUCACCAAGUCCCACUUCCGGCAUUGAGUUCUCCAGUCAAGACUGGUCCUUCCAUUGUUCUCUGGGUAGAUUACUGAGAAUGUUGUACAAAUCCCUACCUAGCAAUGUUUUGUGGCAUAUCUAGUUUUGUUCUUGGUUUACAUUUUAUCAGUAAUUCUAGUGCCGAAAGCGGCUGUGUGCUUAAAAUAGAUGGAACUCUAGGCUAAAAAUGUCAUGUCAUGGUGAGGCUCUAAAAAUGACUGGCCAAUUCAAGCCUGGAGAGUCCAUGUCAGUCAACAGGGUUGAAGUUCUACUCUCCACAGUUACAUUUUCACUUGCCAAAGGCUUAUGGCUAGUGGAAAUUGAGCCCUGAUCCAACCUGUCAAAAUACAACAUACAAAUACUUGUCCUGUCCGUACUUCAUGAAAAGUCACUCUCCUGCAGCUAUUUUUAUUGACCUACUAAUUUGGUGCUAUCUGCUAUGUAAAAAGAGAUUUAAAAAAAAAAAAAGAGAUAAUAGUUACAAAUUUGUAAUUGUUUAUAAAAAGUAAAAUAACAUUUCACAAAUGAGAUGAAAAGGUAAAAAGAAAUAUAAAGCCUGAAUGAAGCUUGUUUAACCAUGCUUAUACUAAAUCAAACUAUGCAAUACUUUCCUAUGGGUAAAGUUCCAAUGCGAGCGCGGCCAUCGCUGCGCAUUAGGUGCCCCACCCCUGCCAACUGACGCCGAUGGGGUAGGAGCGGAGGUGGAACUUGAACCAGCGUUGGAAAGUAGCCGAUAGCUGCUCCCCUAUAGAAUAAUUGAUGCGGUUAUGCUCUACUUAGAAACUGGCUUUGAGUAUCACCAGUUGGUCACUUCCUGUCACACCUGUAAAAAUUUUAGUCGAUAAACUUGCACUAGUCACGAACAGUAGUUACAGGCAUUUUAGAAAGUAAUGUCUGGCUGGCCAAAAGUAGUAACCGCAUUGGAAAACAAGUGUCCUGCCUCCCCUCCUGGUUUACGUAGAGCUCUUUACACUACCUGGGACAAACCGUAACAAUGUGUUUACUAUUUACAACCAUGUAUGCACUGUCUGUGAAUACCAAGAGUUUAGUGAUGCAGCCAUGAAUGCCAUUGAUACCUGGCUUAUGGUACAUUGGAAGAAAACCUCUAAACCAUCCCUGUAAAUCUAGAUCUUAACGAGCUAUUCUUACUAACAAACACUAGAUUUCUGUUCUGUUUACGCACAGAUUACAGCUCACUAUAAAUGGUUGCUACAUCCUUGGAGCCUUUAGAGUAAGAAGAUUUGAGCGAAUAAUUAGUGCCUGGGGUAUUAGUAUCCUGGUUACAGCUUGGAUUACAUCACAGGCUUCACACCCAUCAGACAGUCAGAUGACCCUUGGGCAGUAGAGCAAAGGGUGUUCAGUCUGCUGCCCUGUUCAUAGUUCAUUUGUUGAAGCACGACAUUAGUUCUAAUCCUCUGGUGAUAUGCAACAGAGCUAACUUAUUUAACCAGCGGGAAGCUUUGAUUACCUAUCGGAGAUGGCAUGUCAGCUGGGCAACUGGAAGCAGAAAGGUAGAUCUCCACGUUCCAUUGCUUCAUUUUACCACAGCUUGCUUUUUCCUUUUAGAUAAAGUAUCUUUUAUUUUCUGUUUGUUCAUUCUCCAUCGUUUUUCCUCUAUAGCAGUGUGAUUAGAGUCUGGUUACAAUCUAUAUCAUGUCUGCAGCUCAAUGCUGCUGGCUUACUUUGAGUUCAGCAUAGCUGGGCAGCUGCAACAAAUAGCAUGCAUUAGCCAGUGGAAUAUAUCUCCAUUUUGUUUUCACAAAUUCUGCAAAAGUCCUUUAGAUCUCUUUUAAUGACCCUGAUUGGACUCUUGUCAGCAGCCUCCACCCACUCCAUGAUACGGGCAUAUUGUAAUAACAGGGGUUGUUUUUUGUCCCUUGCCACACUCCCUUCAGUUGCUUGCUAAGGAUGGGGUGAUUGUGUGGCUCAUGUUUCAUGAAUAUUCUGUGGGUUCCUUAAAAUUUAAGAGGUGGCCAGCUCCUGCCUCUCCCUCCCCCCUGUCUGUGGCUGUGAGUGGCUGGUAUUUGUUCAGGCACCAGAGGCUCGGGCUGUGUAAAUUUGUAUUUCUCGAAUUGUGCCAGGUUAUAUUCAUGGUUACAAGAGUUUUAUUUUUUAUUCCUAUUUUCAGAAUGUGGAUUCAGCAGUGCAGUUUAACUUUACCAGGUUUAUGUAACUUUGUAGAUGAGAACCCCAUUCCCACAUUUAGUUAGGGGCAUUGAUGGGGAGGGUAUGCCUUAGUGCCGCCUCCACACCCCCCCCCCACAAUAUAGUUUCGUUGAGGAGGUAAAUGGUAAUUCUGAGGUCCAGGGGAUUAGGUACACUCUAAACAUGUUGGCAACUACUUUUGUAACUGAUCUCCUCACAUAGAAAGAUACUUUUAAGAAAUCAGAAAGCAGACGGUUCCCUGCAAUAAUUUCCAGAAUGUUCCCUUGUCCUGCUUCAGUACUGGGUUAAGGUUAUUUGAGCCUGUUAUGGUAUAUUACAAACACAACCCUUUCACCCAUUUCCAUGUGCUAUGUAGCAAGAUGCAGGCACUGGGAUAUGAGCAAGCUGUUUUACGAAUGUAGCAGAGCAAUUGGCUCAUUGUAUUUCUAUGAGCUGCACUUUGUAACUGUGACGGAGAAGGCUGUACUCUUGGCUGUGCCAGGUACAGCCUUCUCCGUCACAGUUACAUGUAUAUUGGCGAUGGAUUGUGUAUAUCCAAAGCUUCAGUUUCAUGGCAGAGUUCCUAAGGUGGCAACAUAGUUUUAAUCUCUAAUAAUUUUUACAGCACUCUAUUACAGUUUAAUGUUUAACAGCCUAUCUAAUUUAUAUCCUUUAUGCAGAUUAAAUCAAAUUCUUCAUUGGAGUAACUGCUGUCGAAUAAAUAUCUUCUUGGUGUAUGGGCCAGCCUAAUUCUAGUAAUCGCAGACCUCAGAAAAGCUUUGCUCUCAAUCUUAGGGGCCAAACCUCUCCAAAUGUUAGAUGCAAUGUGUUGGUUAGGUGUGCUGUGUGUUUUUAUUUAAAAUUAAACAAAUGUACCUUCAAAUACCAGGAGACUGGAGGAAAAAAAAAAGGAAAAGUGAAAACUCUUUUUAUAGACGUGAGUAACCCAUUUUUAAAACUUAGCAUUUUAUUAAUUGCAUAAAAAAAGUGAAACCUACAAAUAUAUAUACAUAAAAGUUCCUACAUGAAGAGACAAAAAAAAAGGAUCAUAAACACGAUAAGUAUAAACUAAUGGUAGGAGUAAAUUAACUAGAACCAAAUAAAUAACCUGUCUGUUGUUGUGGGUUUUUUUUUCUUUUUCUUUUUUUUACAUUGAAAAGAAAUAGUGCAAAAGCUGGUUAGUAACAACCCAUCUUUGCUACCAGCAAUCUGAUAACAUUGUAUCCUGUGAAUAAGAGUAAGCUACUAAAAUGAUAGGUUUGUCAGCCAAAAUCAAAAUGUAAUCCAUUUGGUUCAAAUUAAAUAGAUACAAAAACAUUUCAAAUCUAUAUCAGUUGAACUUUUGCAGCAAACACAGAUAAGGGGGGAAUAUUAUAAAGAGGCGAAGUGCUGUACGCAAUGCCUACUGUGCCUUUGGGGGCACCCCUCAUAAAAUCUAGCCAGCCAUCAACUUUAUUUGUAGUUGCUAGUCCCUUCCUUCUAAAUAGUGAAGUACAAUACCAAAAUAAAGGUUAAGAGGGUGUGUAUAUAUAGAAAAAAAAAUUGAGGAAUAAUCAAAAAAUAAAUAAAACUAAAGUAAAGAGAAAAUCUAAGAGCGUAAAUCAAAAAAUAUGUGAUGGCUUCAUCUCCUUUAUCAUAUAAUGCUGCUGCAUUGUCCUGUAUCCGUAAAGUCUCCCCUCCCCUCCCAUUCUUGUAGAGUAAGCUGACAUACUCUCCCUUAAUACUUUAUCUAAAUUUAUAUUAAACAAAUGUACCCACACAUUCUGCUAUAUUUAAAAAAGUGUGUAUGUAUAUGUGUGUGUGUGUGUGUAUGUAUAUAUGUGUGUAUGUAUAUAUGUGUGUGUGUGUGUGUGUGUGUGUGUGUGUGUGUGUGUGUAUAUAUAUAUAUAUAUAUAUAUAUAUAUAUAUAUAUAUAUAUAUAUAUAUAUAUAUAUAUAUAUAUAAUGUGUGUGUGUAUAUAUUUAUUUUAAUUUAAAAUAUUUAGCUCCUAUAGUACAGCCGUACAUUUCAUCCUACAGUGUUUAUUUUUUUUUUUUUUCUCUCUCCUAAGAAUCUGCACAUUAUAUGGUAAUGGGGACUAGUUUAUCUGUCUUACAGUAGAAAGCUGACAACUGAGCUAUUUCUCCCCCAAACCAAUUCUCUUUCCAAAAAGCAUUGAUAUGCAUUGCCUACGAGAUAAGCUCAGAUCUCGCACUACUUAAUAUGCUAUGAGUUUAAUGCAUGCGGAUCUGCAGUAAAUGCAUUAACAUCAAUAGCAUUGUCUUAUUAAAGGACACUAGGCAGCAAAAUGACUUUUUAGUUUAUUGGUUUAUUGAUCAUGCCCCUACAGUCUCACUGCUGUUAUUCUUCUAGGAGUAAAAAACACUUCCUGGGACCCAGCCUAAAUAUUUUCUGUAUUGAAUGGCCUGCUUAAUCUAGAAUGUAUCUCCUGCUAGAGCCUACAGGGAGCCACCUUGUUGUCAUUAAAAUUCAAUUUACAGAGCAGGAGAAAGUCUAAAGCAAAGUAAUGUGUAAUGGAAAAUGAAACCACUUUUUCAUGCAGGUUGUGUCAGUCAUAUCCAGUGAGGUAUGGCUAGCGCUGUAAACAAACAAACAAAAGUGAGUUCACUCCUAAAUGGCAAAGAAUUGAGCAGUGAGACUACUGGGGUAUGUUCUAUAAAUCCAAACAACUUGCUAAGCUUUUAAUCACACGUAUUUCUGACACUAUAGUGCUGGAGUGAAUCCAAUGAUUUAACAUAGGAAAGCAAUGGGAGGCUAUUGAGCAUGCGCAGCAAAACGCUGUGCUGUGCCAACCAGCAUCUCCUCAGAGAUGCAUUGAAUCAAUAUACCUCUAUAGGGAGAAUACAGCGUCUCCACACAGCGCAUGGAGACACUGAAGGUAGGUGCUGAAUGAACUAGCAUGCACCUCUGAGUGGCCAUCUGAGUGACUGCCACUAGAGAUGUAACUAAUCAGCAAUAAAAACACAGCCUUUUCUCCUAAAAUGCUAAGGCUGUGGGGACAGGAUUUAGAUGCCAGAACCACUAAGCUGUAGUGGUUGUGGUGACUAGCGUCCCUUUAAUGUACUGACAAACUAGUUAACUCAAAGCUUCUCCUUAUCUGAUAACUGGUGUUCCUGAGUGUGUCUGGGCUGCAUGGCACAAAAACCUGUGAUAUGCACAUGGGUACAUCUGUGUGCCUUCUAGGUUACACAGCUGUUAACGACAUACAUUAUUUUCAUUGGUAGUGGUAUAAAGUAAGUAUGUGUAUGCUUUAGUGUUUGGGAUACAAUAUCAGGGCACACUCCCAGUCUGAAGUACACUGUAGUCCUUGUUCCAAUCUCUAUUCUUGUCAGGAUUGUAGCCUACAAGCUCCCAUAUUUCUAGAUGGAGUACCAAUUGGUUUCAGUGAUGUACCCAGCCCUGAGCCAUAGGUUUGCAGCACUGGAACAGUGCUGUACAAAGCCCUGAAAGAAUUAAUGUGCACACACUCCAUCCUUCUUUUUAACCAAUCUGCAUGUAUUUCUUAUGUACCUGCUUUGACGUAUCCUGUAUGGAUUAGCGUGUGUACCCUUUAUAAUAGACAAUAGUACAUCUUCUCUCACACACUUACAGUCAAAACUUUCAGUUCAUAAAGCAUUUUUGUUUUACACUUUAACAAAUGCAAAAUGGUUGCAUUCAAAAUAAAUAAUUGGCAUCUAAAGACAAAAGUGCACAGUGGUUUUCUUCUGUUUCUAUAUUUGGAAAAAAUAUUUGGAAAAAAUGUAUUGUGCCAUGAUCUCAUUAUAUGUAAGAUUUUCUCACAUAUGACAAUUGAUACUUGAAAUAAUUGGUAUCUAUGGAUUACAUUAUUUAUUGCUUGGCAUCUGGCGCCCUCUGGUGUUAUGGUUAUGUUUCUGGAGGAUCUAUUUGUUUGGUGACUGGCGCCCUCUGGUGUUCUGGGUUUGUUUCUGGAGGAUCUAUUUGGGGAUGACUUUUUUUUUUUUUCUUCUUCUUCUUCUUCUUCUAGAGGCAGCAUCCACUUACAGUUUGGUAUAUUACACCCACCAUGUUUUAUCUCUGACAUUACUUGAUUGGCCCUCUCCUUUGUUUAAAAUCUAGAAGACCCUUGGAGUGGAUGAUGGUAUGUGUGUGUCAUCUUUAUACACUAUAGAGAUGUCCUAUCAGAUUAAAAGUCAUUUAUUUACAGCAGGUGUUCUAUUAUUAGAUUAGUAGGAUUAGUCCUUUAAAAAAAACACAAACAAACCCACGCAUUAUAUAAAAGAAAUACUGGUUUAAAUUACACAUAGAAAAUAUCUAACAUUAACAAGACAAAGGCUCUUGGCUUUAUUUCAACACUAGUCUCCAAGGCCCAAGACAAAGGUCCUCUGAUUGCUGCAUUAUGUUCAACUAUUACUGCUUAUCUAAUCAGCCCAUUUACAAUACUUUGGCAGGGGACAAUAUCUUUGUUGCAUUUCAGACCUACUAUAUGCCCUUGUAUACACUCUUUCCCCUUCUUUGAUUAAAAUAUUUACAGUGCACCUGUCAUUAAAGGGACACUAUAGGCACCCAGACAACUUCAUCUCAUCUUUACAUUUUUUUUUAAAAUAGAACCCUUUUGGUUGACUUACAGUGUUCUGCGGUUGUUACUAGCACAGUCACCCCCUGUUCCAAUUUCUGACUUCCCAAUGAUUGCAGGUAUGUGGGCCAGUAACCGUAUUGCAUUCAAAUCUGAAUAAAGCUAAUCUUUAUAGUGCUAUAUUAGAUGUUAAGCAAUAAUUUUUUUUUUUACUUGUCUAUAUUUAAUAAAAAUACCAUUAUGAAGUGGUUUGGAAAAUUGCUCUAGGAGGGCUCCAGCGUUCUGUAGUUAUGGUGCUUAUUCUUUAAAAGUUACCCAUCUUGAGUUUUCCUUAGUGCAGGAGCGCCUGAAAGGUAGAUACCCAGAUUACCCAUUAUAUAGGCCAUCAAGGUGAGUUGUAGUUCUAUACUUUAUUAGAAUCUACUAUGUGGGUGCCCUAAUACUGCGAGGCUAGUGUCAAUGUGCAGCUGUGGCAAAAUUAACAUCGCCACUUGUACUUGGAGAGGCCUGCUUGCCAGGGAAAAAACAAACCACUGUACCGAUCUGAGUGUUUUUUGGAUAUGUUGAUCACUCAGAUCAGGGCUAUCAGAGGAUGUGACUCUUGUGGGGUUUCCAUGGAUCUUGGGGGUACUUUUGGGGUGUUUGUAAAUUGUUUUUUUUCUGUACCUGAAGAUAAUCGAUUAUCUCUCAGACACAGAGGAGGAGUAUGUUGAAUGUAUUGCUUAUCUGUGCCUCUUCCCCCUACCCCUUUUUCCUGUCCUAUUGUUUCCCCAACAGGGGUGUUGUCCCAGGGACACUGCGAGAUCAGUUUAAACUAGCUGCUCUGUCCCUCCUCAAUCUACCAUCAGCCCUUGCUAUUGUCUGACCCCACCUUUCCUUGUACUAUAGUAAUCUAUGUAACCUAUUGUAUGUAAAUGAGGCUGUUGGGGGUUUAAAAUGUUUGUAUAAAUUGUAAGUGCUGGCUUGCAUUAAACAGAACUACUUGACCCUUUCUUGAAGCCUUGGCUCAUGCAUGGGGGAUGGGAUAACUACACUCUUGGGGAUUGCUAUAUCACAAUACUCCCCUGAGUAUAAGAUCCUGUAAGAGCUUGUUCCUGCUCUCUGGAUUUAGGAGAGGUUCACCCAUUGGAAGCUGGAUCCCGGCCUUGGAUCCAAGGUGGGUGAGAGACGGCGAGACCACGGCGCAGCUGCAUUGCUGGAAGUGUGGUCUGCUGUGCGGAUGGUGUUGGUUGGAGUGCUUGGAGUCCUCGGCAAGCACUAGGAGCAUCGAUUGGCGGGGGUACUCGGUCGGAGUGCCAGCGGUCCGUCAGAGCAGCAAAACGCUUUGCUGCACCAAUCUGCAUCUCCUCAAAGAGAUACAUUGAAUCAAUGCAGAGUGUGGAGAUGCUGAACGCACUGUGCAGCACUGGACCAGAAAGCUGCUCUAGUGGCCAACUGAGUGACUGCACCUAAAGGUGCUUGUAGGCAUCAAUAUAAACACUGAAAAGGCAGCAUUUACAGCAAGCAUGUCAAACUCGUAGGCUGCAUGCGACCCACAAUGAAUAUUUUUGUGCAAUGGCGUGCCGCGAGUUUGCCAUGCUUACUAAAGCAGAGUAGGCACCUGCUUUUCCCACAUUGCAGUUGUCUACUCUGCCAAAAUUACCUGGCUGGAAAGGAGAGGUCCCUGGUGGCUGCGAGGGAGCUCAGACUUCCUGCGCCCUCUGUAGUGAUGCCGGGUGCCAGAAUAUGACGUCAUUCCGGCAUUACUAAAUUGCGCAAAUAAGGGAGCUGGAAGACUGCGCUCCCGAAAGAUCAAGGAGAGGCCCCACACCAGCUCCCAAAGGUAGGGAGCAAUGAAUAAAAUGUCAGUGUGUGUCUGUCAGUGUUGCGAUGGCCGCGGCUGGACAGUGGAGGACCCGGAGGUGCACGGAGGCACGCAACGCCAUGUCACAUUCUGACGUGACGUCAACGUACUCCACGUUCACAGGUUUUCAAGGAAUAGCAGGAGGAUCCGUUUGGCACAGGAUGCGGAUGGCGCCAUUGAGGCUGGAUUCCGGAGUCGCAUACUGGCAGCGGCAAUGUGAUUUGGAGUCCUCUUGAUUAUUAUUAUUAUUAUUAUUAUUAUUAUUAUUAUUAUUAUUAUUAUUAAUAUUAAUUUAGUAUAAUUUUUUUUUUUUUUUAAAACAAGGGCUGGGAUUUAGCAUGGGGGAGGGGAAUGGGGUUUAGAAAAGGGGAUGCUGUUUUUUUUAUUUUUUAUUUAUUUUAAUACUGUACUUUUCAAAACAAACUUUUCAAAACAAACCUACAUUUCUAUGAAAAUGUAAGGGGUUUUUUUGUUUUUUUUUGCCGGUCACACAAACUUAAACCUUGUUUAUAUGGCCCGUGCUAGCCUAAGAGUUUGACAUGCUUGAUUUACAGGCUAUAAACACCAGAACCACUACAAUAAGCUGUAGUGGUUCUGGUGACUAUAGUGACCAUUUAACUUGGAUAAAAAUGAUUGUAGCCUUGGCAGAACCCUUGUUCUCUGAUAAGCUACACCCCAGCACAAACAGGCAAGGUUUCUUGUAGAAAUGCUGGAGUGAUUGGGCUAGUGUUUCCUGUAGAAUCCCAUUUACAUGGUGAGUGAAUGGAUUGCAAGUCUGAGUCAGGCAGAUGCUUUUUCAUGUGGAAUUGAAGAUUGAUUGUGACAUGGCUGUGCUGUUCCCCCAGCUCUGGCAUUGAGUCUGUCAGUCUGGGCGGAGAGGCGUGUCUAAUGCAUGGCUGAGUCACCAGCAGGCAAUUACGUCUGGCUCUGACCCCCUGCAUGCUCCUGCAGGAAGUGAACAGAGCUCCACUUUAUCAGCUGUGCAAGGUCUGAGAGCAAGCAAGCAGGCUCAGGAUGGAUUCCAAAACCGGUCAGUGUUAAUCUGUGCGUCUCUCUGCAUUGGGAAUGGUGGCUAGACACGUUUCUAUGUUAUUUGUCUUUGCAAGCUCCUAUCUAGAAAUGUGUCUCUCAUUUUGAAAUGUGCAGUAUUUUAGCCAUUUAAGCCGUUUGUUUUUUUAAAUUGUUGCGUGUAGUUCUGUUAAGUUUUUUUGUGAUUCGUGGUUUGAUGGAAAGGGUUUAGUAGCUGCCGGUUUCCCACUAGCAGAGCUUUACAUGUAAGGCAUAAGAUGCUUCAGCUGCUAUAUUUAGCCCUAGCAGAUGCCACUCUGUGCUUGCUUACCAAAUGUCAGCAGCUGCAGCCUCUUGAUUUAAAGUCCGUUUUGUUUCAUGUGAAAUUGAAAUUAGAAAUGUGAAUUUUCUUUUAUCAAACUUUUUAAACCUGUGGUAUACUGGCAAGCAGAUUGGCAGUGUAAUAUAUAUAUAUAUUUUUUCCAGUUUUUGAACACGAUUUGCAGUGACCUUCCAAUUUAUUAUGUACUUUUAUCUCCUCUUUUGUUUGUUUUACUUCUAAACCAAGAAUAAGGAACACUUGGCAUUCCAGCUGUUGUAGGACUAAAUACCAGCUUUACCAAGGCUGGCAAAGUAACACGGGAGUUGUAGUUCUAGAACAGCUGGAAGGAGAUCAACAGCAGUCCUCCCUGCCCUCAAUGGCUGAUUAUCCAGCCUUCUAAGCCAUGUGCUUGAGAAGCAAUGGAGUAACCAAUGUAACAGGAUGAAUGAAAGAUGUAGGGGGAGGGGGACAUGUGUGAAACCGCUGGCCCAGACAGCUGAUUUUAAUGGCCUUUUUCUGAAAGACUGUAGCUGUGUUUAUCAUUUUCAUCUAAAUGCCUAAGAAGCUCACCUUGUUCCUGCUGAGAGAAAUGCCUUUUAUUUACAAGGAGCAUGCUGGUUUACUGGGUGUUAAUCAAGUUCUAUAGGAUAUGUCGUUUAGGACCAUAACCGAUCGUUUAUGGGCUUCCACCCUUGGUAGAUUUGGUAUGGCCACUUGCAACCUAAAAAAAUAACUACAAAUGCAUUGGUCUACAUUUUUUAAAAUGGUUUUAACACUUUUAAGUCAUUUUCAUGGUUUAUUUUGGAUUCUUAAUUACUAAAGCUUUUUCUUGUGAAUAAGUUCUAUUUAAAACCUUAAAUAAAGCUCCCUCUAUAGAAAACUGUAAUUUUAUAUAAUACGGUCUCCUGCUCAGUAACUGCUUUCAUGAUGUGGAUAUUUAAAAUCUAGACAUAGCAUGGCAAUUGGUUUAUUUAAUCCCAUCAUCGCUUACCACUCUAAACAGGACAUUCCAUCACUGUGUUCAAGUAGAGUGAAAAGGAGAGGUAUGGAUUUAAUAGACUAGGAUCAAAUUAUAUAAUGUUACUUCUGUAGCACUAUUUGCUCUUUUCCCUUCCCUUAUGUGACCAAUUAAAAUAACUUUGUGACCACUGUUGUAUCUAUGUCAGUGAUUACAAAUGGCGAAUCUUGUCUGUAAAGCUGACUGGUAAUGUUCAGCUAGACCCCUUGUAAUGUAUGGUAUGGACAGUCUUUGUACCCUGUAUACAGUAUAGGAAAUCACAUCCAACUGUGAAAGGCUAGCUGUCACUCAGUCUAAGAUGCACCCCCUCAGAACCCCACCCACACACAUCAGCUGGAUUUUGGUUUGCAAGCUCAUCACUUCAUGUCCUUAAUUUCCUGUUGUACUUUUUCCAUAAUUCCUUAUGUGAAGCUAUGCCGAACUUGUACCUGUGUUCUUAUCAAGAGUCCGUAAUAAAAAUUAUCCGCAGCUCUGACUUUCAUUGCAAGCAUAAAAUAUAAUAAAAGUGGUGAAUGAAAAUCACCCUAUAACACUAAAGCCGUUAAAAGUAAAAAAAAAAACCUUAUUCUAGUUCUGAAGUCAUUCGGUGCUGGCUCCAUCUCCUGUCUCACGCAUUAGGCCUUCCCCAUUGGAAAACACCGAAUCAAUUCUUUCCUAUGGGGAUUUAUAAGACGCUGGAUGUUAAACUCCUUGAAACGGCAGGAAGCGUGUAUAUAUCUGCAGGGUUAGAGGGACAAAAACGGUGCACCCAGAGGUGAUGUGGUAUGGGUACCUAUAGUGUCCCAUUAAUUACACACAUUCUGAACAAUAUAGUUAUUUUUCCGUGUAUGGAGAUGAACGUAAAGUUUCUAAAAUAAUUAUGCCAGAGGAAUUAGGAGUGCAUAGUUUGCAGGAGGCGCGGGGCAGUGAUAGAUGGAAUCCUUUCUCCUGCCUGUCUUUAAUGGUGGACAUUCCAUCCGAUAAUAUGAUAAUACCCCAUGGCCUGUAACAAAAUCUGCUGACUUCAUUCAUUCUUGCUGUGUCACAGCCAUCUAUAUCAGCAGUACACUCAGCAUGCAAUGGGCUAUUUUAUUAUGGCUAUUGUGGGCAUAGCUGCACAAUUCAGUUUACUUAGAAUAUGUUUAUUUCAUAUUGAAACUAAACUGGCAUUAUACUUUAAAUAGUGUUACUAACUCCGACUCUUAACCUCCUUCAUGUCGUUUGUAUAUUAUGGAGUUGGCAAAGCAAGCACUAAUAGAUUUUUAUAUAAAACAAUUUUAUAUUAUUGGCUUAGUCUGAGGCUCACAAUUGACUUAACCUUUAAAAGUAGGUGUGCCAUUUCUUAUCCCCCUCCCACCCCCCUCUCUUUUUAUUUAUUUAUUUUUUGGUAUUUUAUUUUCUUCUUCUCUCCUUUGACUUCAGUAAGACUAUUUAUUUUUUCCCAUCAGGUGAUAUGUAUGAGGAACUAGUUGAGAUGCAUUUUGAAUGUACUGUACACCCAACACUUACAUUUUACUAUAUUUUAGUGUCAAUAGAAGUUGUGGUUAGUGGAUUAUGUUCAUUAGCUGGCUCUUUUAUGGAUCUAUCUGAUCAUGUCAACCUCUUGAUCUUGUCACUGCAACUUUGCCCAUUAAAACAAGAUAAUUACAUCAUUUUGUGACACUUGCAUGUGUGAAUAAUAUAACCUCCGUUGGGUCAUUAUUUCUUUACCUAUAGUGUGUCCCUCUUCCCUUGACGAAUAAAAUCUUCUUGGCAGGCUAAAUAAAUUGGAACACACUUUGUACAUGCAGUCUUAACACACACGUCCUAAAAUUAAAUACAUGUAAUCGAAUACAUGUCCUAUUCAUUCUAUCUGCACAGCCUGUGUUAAUGCAGCCCUAGAAACCCAUAGUACUUUUAUAAAUUGUAAGGGGUCUGGAAAAAAAAAUUGGGGUGGUUUGUUUCCUUUGUACUGUUAAUCCUAAUAAAGCGUGUGUGUGUGUGUGUGUGGUGUUUACAUAUAGGAGUAGGAGAGAGUAUCAUUAUCCGGGAUAUGCUAUUGAAAAGUAGUACCUGUCCAUCAAUGUAGCUUCUAUUGGUUUUUAUAGUAAUUGUAAAUUCAAGACUGUCAUAGGAGGAGGUAGAUUUAAACCGUUAUCCAGUCUUGUCUUGAAGUAUUGCUGUAAAGGAAUCUUAUUCUCUGACUGCAGAUGAUCACCAGAUAUUGCUCUUUAUACUUUUUGGUAUUUUGUUCAUGUUUGGCAUUCUCUCAGAGCGAUAUUGUAGCAUGAGUCUUUGCAGUGUUUAUCUCGCUGUGUGAACUAAACCAUAUUUAGUAGCAAAUUAAACGUACCACGGGUAACUUGGCAUAACACUAGUUUUAUUCAAGGUGGUUAACAGCUCUAUGGCUUUACUUAUCUUGUUACAUAUAUACCAUACAUGGUUGAAUACGGUAAGGACAAGGAUUGCUUGAUUUUACCUGGAACUCCUAGUCUACUACAGUUCAAGAGGACAGAUGUGGUGUGUUUAUCUGGGAACAACUGAUAUUAAACCCAUAUAGUGUAUAACUUGUCUUUGUAAAGCUUUUAUACUUUAGGAAAGGCAGCCGGGAACGUAUUUAGAGGAUUACCUGGUAUACAUGGCUCAUUAUUAAUGUGUGACUGUUUUAUCAUGUUUUUUAAUUAAAAUUAGAGUUCAGCAAACCUCGACUAAGCAAUUUAGCGAGUUGGGCAAGUAAAAGUUGUAACAAUCAACUAUAUGAUGCUGAAUGUUAAAAAGUGUAAGUUUUGCUGUAGAGAUGUCGUAUGCAUUCAUUUGUAGAAUGUCUUGCCUACAACGGAUGCUCCCCCCCUGUUGUCAUGGCAUCAAAUCCUCUCAGCCUAUUGAAAUGUGUCCCAUGACUACAACCUUUAUUUCCUGCAAAUGGAAGCAAUACCUUGAUAAUGGAGUCAUCAGAGACUUUACACGGUGCCUCCCCUUUAUUUUUUUUUAUUUUGUUAUUCUUAUGGCAUUAAGUGUCCCCUUAUGAAUGUUUUGGAAGUAUCUGUUUUAAACAAAACAUUGUGUACAAUAUCAGAAAUAUGUAGAAUAAUGUGUUGGGCUCCAUCAAAAGCUUUGAUUAUGCACACUGGAAAUAAGAGGGGUGCAUUUUUCCUUUUUUUUUGUCAAAACUGUUGAAAUGUGUUUAAAACGACUACUUUCCACAGCUCAGUUGUGCAUUAUGGCCUAUUAAAUCAUCGCAUGACUAUAAAUUGCUAAUCAUACGGAUGUAUGUGUGACACUAUGCUCGCACUGAAUGUAUUUAUUUCUUUCUCACUUGCUAGUGGUUGAUCUUCUCUACUGGCGGGACAUUAAGAAGUCAGGAGCGGUAUUUGGUGCCAGCCUGUUCCUGCUCCUUUCUCUCACCGUUUUCAGCAUUGUCAGUGUGAUUGCAUACAUCGCCUUGGCCCUGCUUUCAGUUACCAUCAGUUUUAGAAUAUACAAGGGCGUGCUUCAAGCAAUCCAGAAAUCAGAUGAAGGACACCCGUUCCGGUACGUGUUUAUUAAAUACAGACAGAAUAAUACUACGUACUAAUCUAUUUUAAGGGUUGACACUUUUUUUUUUUUUUUUUAAUUCUUCUAAAUGAAAGCUAUUCUGUAACAAUUGCAAAGUUAUAAAAUGAUAAGGAAAUAUUUGUUCUAAAGUGGCACAGAUGUAUUAAAAACAUAGGAAAAUCCGUUAUUGUGGCAAUUUUGUAUAUUUCACAAAUUCUUGUUUGGUUUUUCGUCAACUGCUGUGUAAAUACAAAAUGCUCUGGGAGUCAUUGGAAUUCCAAGUUUUUCCUCCCUCAUUUUAAAUUAUUAUUGGUCUUUAUAUAGCACCACCUAAUUCCGCAAGCUUUACAACAUUAUGAAAGGGGGACAUUUACUAUAACUGAGACAUUUACUCAGUGACACAGGAACAAUGGGUAGAUGAGGGCCCUGCUCAAAUGAGCUUACAGUCUAGAGGAGGUGGGGUACAAAUACACAACAGGGCAGCAAGGUGACAGCCACCAAACUAGGUGGAAAAGUAGCAGAGCUGGAGGUGAGUGGAGUGUGGCUCUUUAGGAGAGCAAGAGACAGAUAUGGAUAAGUAAAGAUAAGUUACUCUGGGAGUCUAUAAGCAUUUCUGAACAGAUGUGCUUUGAGGGACCUAAACAAUGGAAGUCUAGGGGAGAGUCUGAUGGUGGUAGGCAGGCUGUUCCAAAGGAAGGGAGCCACCUGUGAAAUCUCCUGCAAGCACGAGUUAGCAGUAUUGUUGCGACCAGCGGAUAGGAGGUCACCCGGAGAGACGGAGAAGGGGCAUAUCUAUGAAUCGGUGAAGAAAUGUAACAGGGGCUAGAGUUGGUUAGAGCUUUAUAGGUAAGGGUUAGUAUUUUGAAUUGGCACCUAUAGGAUACAGGAAGCCAGUGUAAGGAUCGACAGAGGGACAAGGUGUAACAACAUAUGAGGUAUUCGAGCAUAGGUUGUUAUGGUACCAACAAAAAAAAUGUACAUGUUUGAUGUAUACUUGUGUUGGAGCAUGUUCCUGUGAGUACUUUUGUUCAUACACACGUGGGUAAUUUUCUGUAUUCUCACAGUGAUUACAUUGCCUACUUUUUAUUGUGCAUCUCUUGCAAAAGCCACCGACUUGUACAUAACAUCUACUAGGUUUUAAUACCAAUUAAACUAUUUUAUCUUCAUUGUAUUAAAGUUUGUUUCAUAAAAUUAGAAUCCGCCAUUGUUUGAAUCUAGUGUGUGUUUUCACUUGUCAGCAUUCAGUAGAAGUGUUCUGAUGGUGGAGAUUUCCAGAUAUAAUCUACCAAACUAGGAAGGGUAAAAUGUGUUCCUUGAGGCCUAAACCUGCUGGGUAGUGUCUACAAUUAGCAGUUAAUCAAAGUAGGAUUUUAAGUAUUCCCAUGGAGGUGAGCUAUACUUCGUAAAGUUGGUUGCCUCUGGUCUAACACAUUAGCAGCUAAAGGGGGAUGUACUAUGUUUGUCCUCUCCUAAAAGAUAAAAAUGUCUCAAAUCGCACACUGAAACCUAGUACAGGGUUAAAUGUCUCUCUGCAUCGCUCAGUGCAAGUAUAGACACACACAUCAGCUAAAUAGAAGCCACCCUUAUGUGUUCAAGGUUACACAGACAUGGUAUUCCUUACCCACUUGACCCCUCUGUGGUUCUCUGUAACUAAAAUAACCAGUUGGUUCCCUUACAGAAUUUGGGCUCUGUUACUACAGUAACCUCGUAACCACAAAAGAACUUCAGAUGGUUCAUGGGAAUAUAUUAAAUUACAAUUUUGGAUGAUGUAGAGGGAUUCCCUAAUUGGCUUCUGUGUUGUGUAACCUUGUGAAAAGUUAGAGUAAGAGAGGUGUCGCUUUUUUUUUUUUUUUUCUUUCUCUUCUCUCCCCUACUGGGAUUGUCCCUUUCACUGGGAGUCCUGUCCAUUGUUUGUAUUGCUGAUUCUGUAGCUCAGGUCAGAGUUUAACAAACUGGAUUUAAAUGUUGAGACUGCAGAUACUGGAUUGGAUCCCAUAGCCUGUGUUCACCAACAAUAAAAGCAGUUCUGUGGUGUGACUGGGUAUGAUUAUUUUCUAACUAGAUAAUAAAUCAGAUAUUUCAGUUGUGUGCAUUCAUGCAUGUACAGACUCGAAGCUCAGAAAGGUUGGUGCUGGGUUAAAUUAAAAUGGGAAGACCAUGAUGACCCAUAGAUGUUUGUUUUUAUUACACUUUUGCCAGUUACAUAAAGUGUAUUAUACUAGAAUAGCUGUCACCAUCCUGACAGCUUUUCCAGGCAUUCCAGUUGCUUAGGUGUAUCCUGCCCCAAUGUACGUUUUGUUUAGGUGUAUCCUGCCACAAUGUACGUUUUGUUUAGGUGUAUCCUGCCCCAAUGUACGUUUUGUUUAGGUGUAUCCUGCCCCAAUGUACGUUUUGUUUAGGUGUAUCCUGCCCCAAUGUACGUUUUGUUUAGGUGUAUCCUGCCCCAAUGUACGUUUGUUUAGGUGUAUCCUGCCCCAAUGUACGUUUUUUGUUUAGGUGUAUCCUGCCCCAAUGUACGUUUGUUUAGGUGUAUCCUGCCCCAAUGUACUUACAAUAACGUAUCACCUGGAAAAUAAGGCUCAAUGUUUGCUGCUCAUUUACAGAAUCCUGACUUAUUAGUUUGAAGUCUAUAUGCUACAACAAAAAGGUUGUUAUAACUAUGUUUUGCACAAAUUAAAAUCAUUCAAAUGUGUGUUGCCUAGCACAAUUUACAUUUUUAUUUAUUUUAAUUUUCUGCAUCUCCUGAAAAACGGGUUUCUAAUUUCAAUUGUGCUUGAAGUUUGAUUUUGAGUCUUAAAGAGAAUGUGCAACUGUUAAGUUAUUCCAGUAGUUGUUUAGCUUUUUCCAGACACAGGAAUUGGGCAGUUGCCUCUGUAAAUCCCCUGCCGAGGUCUCGUUUUUCAGAGCACCAUCUAUUUUUGGAAAGCUUCUCAUUGCUAGAACUACAUAAGAUCAGAAUUGGAUUGCCUGUGCAGCAAAGAGACUUGACUAGUUAUUCCAAAUACCUAGUACAUAAUGACUUUAUGUGCAUAAUGGGUUAAGAAAUGAUGGUAGUGAUGUACAGCUGCCAUAUAGUGUGUAACUGAUCUAACUACUGUAUGUACACUAGUUGGUUAUGAAUUGUAAGUGUAGAUUGCCCCUUCCCCUCCAGUAGAGGGUUUAACCAAGUACCUUUUUAAUGUAGUGACUUGAAAACCCCAAUGCACAUUUUCAGAGACUCACACUGUUAAUAUAGUCUAGUUGGAGAAUUUGUUCAAAUCACAUUUUGUGCCUACAUUAUCCAGUUUGGUUUUUAAUUCCCUACGAUUCAUUGUUUUGUAAAUACUCCCCAUGUUUGAGAAAACCAGAAAACAACUGUUCGGGAUAUAACUGUAUAAAUCUACAAAGGGACAUAAAAUAAAAUAUAGUGUGAUACAGUAACACAGAAUUGUGUGCAAAAAUGAGUACACUCACUAGAUGGAGACAAGUAAAAUUUCUCUUAGGGUGCCUCCCCCGAAGUUAUGGGGGGCGGAGAAUCCCUCUUUCCACCUCCAAGCAGUAGAUCCAACACAGGACUUCAACAAGUAAGGGGUUAAAAAAAACAACGGAUUUAUUUAGUAAAAAAGUUAGCAGUCACCCUUUAAGCAUAGGAUACAGGAAGCGGCAAAAGGUCCCACGCGUUUCGUUCUAGACGAACUUCCUCAGGGAUUGCAAAUAUUAAAACCAUGUAAAAAACAAACCUAUCGUAUUAAAACCCGCUCCCAAAGUCCCUUUAAAUAGGGCUAAUCCCUAAGUCCAUUGGUGGAUCCAGUGGGCGUUAUUCUCUUCUCUUUUCAUUGGUGCAAUAAUGCGCCCUGUUCUCAGAUCAGUGUUAUGAUGAAAUUGGCGCUUUUUCAGGUGACCGGAACCCCAUAACCGGAAGUGUUGUAGCAAAUUACUUCCAUGUUCCAAGAUGCGUGUCAAAAGCGCAUCCCCCCGGUAGUCAAGGCAACCGGGUGGACAACAAAUUAAAACUGAUCAGGGCUCUUCUGGGGAGAUACAUGUUAGUAACAUGAAACCCAAACAUUCAAGGGACACUAUAGUCACCUGAACAACUUUAGCUUAAUGAAGCAGUUUUGGUGUAUAGAACAUGCCCCUCUAGCCUCACUGCUCAAUCUCUGCCAUUUAGGAGUUAGAUCCCUUUGUUUAUGAACCCUAGUCACACCUCCCUGCAUGUAACUUGCACAGCCUUCCAUAAACACUUCCUGUAAAGAGAGCCCUAUUUAGGCUUUCUUUAUUGCAAGUUCUGUUUAAUUAAGAUUUUCUUAUUCCCUGGUAUGUUAAUAGCUUGCUAGACCCUGCAAGAGCCUUCUGUAUGUGAUUAAAGUUCAAUUUAGAGAUUGAGAUACAAUUAUUUAAGGUAAAUUACAUCAUGCAGGCUCUGUCAAUCAUAGCCAGGGGAGGUGUGGCUAGGGCUGCAUAAACAGAAACAAAGUGAUUUAACUCCUAAAUGACAGUGAAUUGAGCAGUGAAAUUGCAGGGGAAUGAUCUAUACACUAAAACUGCUUUAUUUAGCUAAAGUAAUUUAGGGGACUAUAGUGUUCCUUUCACUUAUAAGACACCAGGGUUUGACAUAAAGAGAAACAAUGAUCAUAAAUAAACUUCAUUUUAAAUGUCUCCUAGUAAGGUAACAUUCGAUAAUCUUAAAGUGACAGCAGUCAUUUAAAAUGACAAACUACAUAAGAUAAAGUUAAUGCAAAGAAAUUUCGUGAAUAUAAAUAUAUUGUCCCUAAAUAGAAAGAACUCCAAAAUUUGGAGAAGCACACAUACCUAUAUUUCAGAGAUGUAGAAAAUUACAGAUUUUGCUGAUCUGUUUAUAUUUAAUGAACAUCAGAGAUUCUUCAAGUAGUAAAUGAUAAAUACAUGAAAUAAAAAAAAGAGGGAAGAAAAAAAAUCAAAUCGAUCCAAAAAACAAGCCAGAUCAAUGUCUUUAUUGAGACCUUUUAGGCUUUAGGGUGUGAAGUCUAUGAAUCCAGAAGGUCUCCCUCUGGGCUAGUCUCUGGAUCCUAUUUUCCCCUCGCCAGAAAGGCAAGACACUCUCGAUCCCCAAACACCUAAAGCCUUUAAAAGGCUUUUACUCUUCUCCAUCUAGUGAGUGUACUCAUUUUUGCACACAAUUGUGUUACUGUAUCACACUAUAUUUAAUUUUAUGUCCCUUUGUAGAUUUAUACAGCCGUAUCCCGAACAGUUGUUUUCUGGUUUUCUCCAUAUAUUGUUAAGGUCGUCUUUUGGGGUAACGAUCUUGGGAGGCUGUCUUUGUUGUUUUAAGUAUUAUUAUAUAUAAUUUAUAUUUUACUUAAAAUUUUCCACGUUUGGUGUUAAAUUUGUCUGACUCCCCAUGUUUGAGCCUGGGAUCUUAUGAUCUUUUCUUUUUCUUCAUCUACAUUUUUAAUUCGCUGAAUGUCUUCUUCACACAUCAUCUACACAAAUGGUCACGCUAGUGUUUAUAGUAAGCCUUUAGCAUUGAUAAUAAAAUUAGGGUGCAUAUAUUGUGGCCUGUUGACCUCUGCAUUGCUGGAGCUCUCCUGUGUAACAGACUUAUCUCUUCUAUUAUAACUGACGUUUCCUAACCAGUAGUUUGUCUGUGAUUGGCAUAGUAUAUGGGCAGCCUGACCUAAAUAUGUAGAUAGUAAGAUGUUCGUUCUUAACCAGGUGUGCUUUACUGUUUGUUUGCCGGUGUUUUCUUCAAAACGUGCACCUGGGUGUUCUUAAACUGUAGUACAAUUUAAAGGGUCACCACUAGAGCUUGUUUUCAUGGUUAUGUUGCUAGAACUCUAGAAGUCUGCCAUCAGCCUGGGUUUUCAUAUGGUGAAAUUUAACCUGUGUCAUUAUGUGUCUAGAUUUGCUGAGAUGCCAUUAAAACCUUUUGGUUGUGCCGAAUAGAUAGAGUAAACUUAUCUGCCGUAUCAUUUGCACACACAAUAUGCUGCUUUUCAUUAAUAUCACAGAUCUUGGUUAAGAUUGUGCCUGGAGUUCUCACAUCUUUUUGUUGAGCAAGUUACGUAGUAAGAAAAGGAUGUUGCAUAAACUGGCAUUGUAGUACAGGGUUUGCCACAUUUUAUUUUUUUAAUAAACUAUUUUACCAGGAAGGAUACGUUGAGAUUUCUCUCGUUUUCAGGUACGUCCUGGGUAUUUCCUUAAAAGCUUGGAACAACGUUGGGAACCAAACAUUUUUUCUUCAGAACGCAAAACAGUCAGAGCGGAGAGUGUAUUACAUUACACAUAUGAUGGCUCUGAGGUUUAUAAAAACCUACCAAAGCCAUAUCCCUUUCCCAUUCCUUAUCCGUCCAUGUUGUACACCUGUCACACAGUCCUAUUCCCCAUCUUAGCUAUACCUUUUCACCACAUUUGACCUUGUUUCAAACCAUUUGCCUUUUCACCACUGCUAACAUUUUCCAGCCAAUGGUACCUGGAGGUUGUGGCUGUGUAGUGCUUUCAGUGUGCAUCACCCCAGUGCUUAGACCAGCAUACCUGCUUUCUCACAGUACUGUUGGGUAGGAUCAGAAUCUCCAACCACUGCAAGGGAGCCGGUACAGUCUGUGCCGGAAAAGCUAUGCAGAGUUACACCUGCUAUUCCUAUGGAGUGCCACUAGAGGGGUAGCAAGGGUGAGUACAGUGCUUAGUGAAUGGGGGAAGGUUUCGAUCUCCUCUGCUCGCCAUGUGGAACAUACUGCUUUAUUAUGUGCAGGUAAAAUUCUAGGCACCUGAUCCCAUAACUACACUUUCAGACUUGUCCAGCUCUGCUAGUGUGGGGAGUGGGGGUCUGGGCUAGAUGAAGAUUUGCUAAUGCAAAGAUAAAUCCAGAAACUAUUAAUUUUUCUGAUGUUUCUCAGCAGUUUGUGUUUAACCUGGUUUAUUCUGUCUCUUAGAUCGUGCUUGGAUUGUGAUGUUGCAGUAUCUGAAGACCUAGUUAAGAAGUACAGCGAUUUUGCUUUGAACCACAUUAACUCCACAAUUAAGGAGCUUCGGCGCCUCUUCCUUGUAGAAGACCUGGUUGAUUCCCUGAAGGUAAGUUAUAAAACAAAGCAACCCUGGUUCCCUCAUAGCUGCACUAGUUAAGUUUUUAUAACUUACAUUAAGUUCCUGAUUAAUGCUCUGACUUUACAAACAGCAAUGUCCUGCUUUCAGGUUUAACACCAUUUUCUUUCACACUAGACAUGCUUAGGCAUCUUACUAAGAGUUCGUCACUUCAGCUGAAAAGUGUACAUGCAGACAUUGGGGGUGGGAGGUUAUCUCCAUUUCAUGUUCUGAAAAAUAAUACAAAGCUGUAAAAUGGGAGGAGUUGACGGUGGUCCCUCCAGUUUCCAUGGUGCUUCCUGGUCCCACCAGUUUCCAUGGUGACUGCCCCACUUAUAGUACUUUGCACCAUUUUCCUGAUUUAACACUUGGAUAAUUUUUUUCCGUUGUGUUCAGGAAACAUACAUGUUUUAACAACUUGUCUCUUUACAAAGACAUCUCAUACGUCUUCUCCUCUCUUCAAAUUGUGUUAUCUCACAUAUAAGUUAUACAUUUCAUAUUCCCAGGUUCUCUAAAUAUGUAGGUUGCAUAAGACUGCCAGACUUUGAUCUUUGGCUAUCAAUGUAUACCAAAGUCAUUCGUCCAGCUGACCGUUCAGUGACGGCAGCAGAACGCAGUGGAUGUCUUGCUUCUGACAGUUUACUGGCAGGUGGCUGCUGUGUAAGACAUUCCUUUCCCCUGAUCUGGGAGGAGAGACCAGGAACUGUCACAGUGCAGUGUAGGUCAUACUUUAACCCCUCGUGGUCUCUGUCUGCUGUGAAAUGGACAUUGUAUUGUAGGUGGGAAGACAAUCCUCAGAAUGCCAAGAGUGCACUGCAGUGCUAUGAAUGCUUUUUCUGUGAUCGUUCACAAACUAAUGGAUCUUCAUGUUACAUGUCCCAGACUGCAGGUCCUAUUCCUAGCUGUUCAUUUGACACCGAAGACACUGGAAGAGUCUAAUGUCAUUUUCUGAAAGUGAUUAGGAAAGCUGUCAAGCGAAUUAAAUCAUACAACUUGAAAUGUUACAAUAUUUUUCUGUUUGUUGUGAAUGAAAGGCCUUUACACAAUUUCUGACAUGAGCAAAUUAGGAAGCCAUUGUGUGCCUUUGGACUAUGCAUUUUUGUUUUAUUUUGUUCUUCUAAAAUCUCCAAUAUAAAAAGAAACCCACCAAAGAUAGAAAUACACCUCUUCACAGUCUUCCUUUACAGCAGACACACUUGCUGUGGUUAUGGUGCCAAAAGUGCCUUGGCGUCCUCCCACAGUAAGUAGUCAUACUGUUUAAAAAAACACUAUAGGGUCAGGAAAGCAAACGUGUAAUCCUGAUCCUAUAGUGUUAGAAACACAUUUUAGCCCCCUUGCCCCCUUAAAAUGAAAAACUCCCCUUUAUACCAGCGUUGCUCGCGGCUCCGCCCUUUGCUUAGAAAAUCAAAGCUGACUAUCUCAGCCAAUUUCCUAUAGGAAAGUAUUUUGAGGCUAAUGUGUAUGUGCAGCAAAUUACAAUGCUUGCCAAUCCGCAUCUCCUCAUAGCAAUGAAUUGACUCAGUGCAUCUCUAUGGGGAGAAGUUCAACAUCUUCAGCAUGGAGACGCUGAACGUCAGUGUUGCAUAUUAUGCAGCACUGCCCCAGGAGGCACCUCUAGUGGCCUUCUGAGUGACUGCCACUGGAGGUGUUCCUAUGCAGUAAUGUAAACAAUGUUGUUUGACUGAAAAGGCAGUGCUUACAUGAAAUUUUUGUAUAAACACCAGAACAACUACAGCUUAAUGUAGCUGUUCUGGUUACUAUAGUGUCCCUUUCAGAAUGUUUAUUUGUUUUUGACAACUUACCUGGGGUUUGCCAGGCAUCCGUUUCCUCUUUCCCUGGAGCCUGAACAUCCUACAAGGAGAUUUGUGUAGCUCCACUGAGCUAGGCCCUGCUGUGUGGAGACAACUUAUUGGCUGAACAUCCCCCUGUUCCCUGGAGACCCUAGGAAAGUUUUCAUUAUUUUCCAGUUAUUAAAUGGUUUGACUAUGUACUUCUGGCACUAUAACCCCUACACAUAGUUAUGGUUUAAACAGUACCUGUGUCUGAUACCUAGUUGCAGCUGAAAGCUUAAUGAAAUAAUUACGAUGUUAAACUAUUGUAAUCCUGAAACUAACCUGUUCCCUGUGUUCAGUUUGCAGUGUUGAUGUGGGUGUUCACCUAUAUCGGUGCCUUGUUCAAUGGCCUGACUUUACUCAUUUUGGGUAAGUAUAUUUGUAACUGAAUUUUAUACAGCACAUUAAUUGUAUUCCUGUAAGUUAUGCUGAUUGGCCAGAUAUCCCAUUUGUAAACUGUUGGCAUAGCUUUAAAGUCCUAUAUGCAUGGGUACCACACUUUAACCUGACCCACACAACACUGUGUGGGUCACACACACUACAGCUAGCUACAACUAGUGGUGUGCACCUGCAUGUUUAGAUUUCUGGCUUGGAGCCUUCCUUAUUUGUGGUGGGGCCACUCCUUCCAUUGCAGGAGUCCAUGUUGGGCAUUUAAAAAGAAUUUAAAUUUCAUGCCAAAAUAUCCAAACUGAAACCCUAGCUUACUUGGAGAAUUGCCCAAUUUGGUUAUUGUGGACUAAAAGUUUACUGUGAAUUCCUGGCAAUCUACAUUUUCUUGAAUAGCCAUGUAUAUAGGCUAAAGGAUUGCCCACAACCACAUGGUGCAUUUCUCAUAUAUAUUAUAUAUAGUUUAAGGCUUCACUUUUAUUUUAUCAGGAAAUGCUCAUUUUGAUGUUAGGAUGUACAAGAUUGCCACAGUGGGCCAGGACUGGGCAAAUUUCCCUAAAAUCUUGCUCAAAUUUUGAGCCAGGCAUUUUUGAUGAUUUAAAAAAAAAAAAAAAAACUCUUAACGUGAUCCUGAGGGUAUGUUUUAGGCAAGAAUGUCUAUUAGACCAGUCAAACUACACACAUUCAUUGAGCAGACUGGGGAGAGGGCGAGAUGGGGGAAGUAGAAAUCAGAUGAGGCACCAGUGUCCAGAACGAUCAUUACUCUGCAGCCUCAACAUUCCUAUAAUUACUUGAAAUCUUCCCCAUAAUACAGAAACAGAAUUUAUAUGGCAGCCUUCGGAUGGAACAAAGUGUUUCAUUAAGUCUCCACCAAGUAGAGGAAUUCAAUUUCUUGGUUUCCAUUGCAACUUGCCAGUUUGGUUUGAGCCCUACAGUAGGCAGAUAAUCGUUAACUAAAACUCUUGGACAAUGCAGCCCUUAUUACCUAGCUAAUUUGCAUUGAUUUUAUUUUAUAAAAAGUGUGAGUGACAGGUUGGCUCUAUAGAUAAACGCAUUCUAUAUUCAUUCUCUACAAUCUGUAUGUGUUCUGCUUAAUGACCAGUAAAAGAGUGCAUGUGUUGGUACUCUGCCCCGGUGACAUGGAAAACGGUCUACACUACACCAAUUAAAGAUUGUAAUGCGUUUGUAGGCUUUUUGCAAGGGUGCGGGGAGACAGAAUAUAACCAAAUUAGAACUGUUCAUGUAGAAAGAACAAUGAACCUGGAGCUGUGGUCAGGUAGACCCACUGUUUUGUACAGGUCUUAAACUCUUCACUGUUUUCAAAGUGCCCCAGUAUUGUAACAUCUACAGUAAUCUUGGCUAACUGCAAAGCUGCUCUCAGAGGUUCUUUCAUGGUUACAGUGAGACACCUGUGGCAGGAGGGGUCUGAUGCAUAUUCUUGUAUAAUAGCCUACAAUCUGGCUGAAAGGCUUUUCUUUUACACAUUGUGUUGAAACUUUAGUCAGUGCUACCCAUGAGGGAUCUAAAUGACAGUUUGGUCUGGGGCUCAGACAUGCAGCUGUUAAGAUGGUCUGCACGUGUUUUAUUGGCCUGCCAAGGUAUAAUGAUCUGGAGAUCAUUUAAUUCACAUAUCAUGGGGUGCACGCGGGUUAUAGGUGUCCAGUUCUGUCAGAAAUACCUUCCAUGUAUUGACAUUUCCAAAUGUUAAGGACUAACACUCUUUCUCUCAUCUUCUCCUUCAGCACUGAUUUCCUUGUUCAGUAUUCCAGUAAUUUAUGAAAGACAUCAGGUAAGCGUGUUUAGCUUUUUACAGUAGUUAUUCCCAUAAAGUGUUACAGCUUGACAAUAUACCACAUGCCAAAUUCACUAGUGUACACAACAGAGUAUUGAAGUUUUUGGUUUGCCAACUAGCAUAUGUAUACACGUACUAGGGAACAAAGUUUUAUGUAAAGUUAAAUGUACUUUAUCAAAUACUUUUGUUGUUUGAAUUUACCAGCUUGUGUGUGCAUAAUGUCCACAGUUGUUUCCACAGUGGUUAAACCAUUGUCACAAAACUUAAAUGGACAACUACAACAAGCCACGUAUAGUGAUUAAAAUAGUAGGAGAAUGCCUUCCCCCAUAGUUUACAGGAAUUGGGCUCUCUGCUGCAAUGGCAUUGUGGAUGGGGUAGCAAAUAUAGAAUGAUGACGGUGCGUCAGAGGCAGAGAUAAUUGCAGAAUGCUCCAAAGUAUUUGUUUUCAAAUGUAUGCAAAAUUGUGGGCAUGACAAGAAUUCAUGGAAUUUAGGCCAGAAGUCCUUAAAUGUGUAAAGGUUAUGCAGAUUGCUAGAAUGAUACUUACACUCACACUUCAUGCAUCAUAAACAUUUCAUUGUAUUCCAGUGGCUAUAUAUUAUAUAGUGAUGAGUUCUUUUUUUUUUUUUUUUUCUGAUCCCUCUGCUGCUUAUAGAACAAUACAAAAGUUUAUCCCUUGCAUUCUGUGUACAAAUUGUCAACGUUUGGCAGGAACUGACCGGCUGCAAACACGUCUUGAAAUCUUACUUUAAGUGUAAUUAAAAAAGUUUAAAUAUCCUCUUGAUUUCUCUUGAUGUUGGGAUUAAUUGGCCAAUUUGCAUUUUUCUCUAUUUACAGACUCAAAUUGAUCACUAUCUAGCGCUCGUUAACAAGAAUGUUAAAAAUAUUUCAGAUAUGUAAGUAUUGUGUUAAACUAUUUUUUUUUUUUUUUUUUACCUUGACAGAGUUUAAAGGGCAGUUGAAUCAACAUAAUUACAACAACCAGCAUUAGUGUUAAGUUAACCUGGGGUGUUCCGAUACUUCCCCUGAACACAACCGCCUCCUCAGCUGCAUUAAUAACAUGGAAUUAUUAAUGUCCUUGUUUUACUGAACGUGCUUGGCUAACCUGCCCCAGUGCUCUCUUUGGGUUGGGCAGAAUUCCACAUUAUCAGUGUGGUCUCUGGGCACAGGGAAGAGGCCCUGUUUGUUGUCAAUCUGGGGGGAUAGAGCUGGGACGCUCUAGGCAAUAUGUCCGUAAUUAAUAUAUAAACAUGUAAUAAAAUAUGUUCAUUUAAGCCAAGUAGAAUUCACAAUCCCAGCAUUCUCCGGCAGAAACAGAAUGUCUUUGCUGGCUGGGCUAGUUUUGUACUUUGCUCUGUAAAUAUAAAUGUGGCCUGUGUGCAUUUAAAUGAAGUGACAUUUCUUUCCAUUAAAUGUGCUUUACCUUUUUUCCUUCUUUCUUACAGGGUCCUUGCAAAAGUCCCUGGACUGAAACGCAAAACAGAAUAAAAAAAACACAAAACAAAUCUGCUGCAGAUACCAAUCGGAUCCUCGCAUUUGAGCGCUGUGUUUUUGGAUUACACGGGGUGGGUCAGGGGAAAGACAAACCUUGACAUUGCAGGGCAAUUCACAGAUCUUUUUAUUUUAAAUUUUUUUUUUUUCCUUUUUAUUUUUAGCAAUGCAGUGUUUGAGGAAGGAACAACUGUUUUUACUGCCAUGUGUUUCAUUCUAAGUAUUGUAAGCUGCUAUGUAUGGAUUUGAAACUAUUUUCUGUUUCUCCUGUGUGAAGCACCAUUUAAUACAGAACCUCUUUUUUAGCAUGCUGUAUAUUGUGCUUCAGAAGUAGUCUUACUGCGCUUUCAUGGGCAUAUUGUUAAUCCCCUUUUUGCACUGUGUAUGAUCAGUAAGUAGGAAAUUGCUGCAAACUUCCAAUAUGAACCCUUUCAGUGUAGAACUGGGCCAUGUGUGCAAAGUAAUGAUGUCUUUUGGCUUCUCCUGCACUGAAUGGGCGGAGGACAUAAAGCCCAGAUCAUACCGCAAGCAACAUGAAAGACAUUGCUUCUGUUUGGUAUGAUAGCUAUAUUGUGAUUUUAUUGUUUUAUUAAUUGCCAAUAUCUAUAGUGUUUUCAGAGAGCAUAGCCGUUUAAACCGCUCCACACUGCUUUCAAAAAGAUUUUUUUUUUUUUUAGUAAAAGAGAAAUGACAUUCUAACAGCCCAGCUUUCUAGCACAUACUCGUAAACUGAAAUCUAUUUCUCGAAACACUAUUGUCUGUUAAUUAAGGAAAUUAAUUAAAUUAACAUAUGUAUGUAAACUUUGGAGCUUGCACGUUGUUGCUCACUAGUUGGUUUUGUACAAACGUUUACAGUCACUGGAACUUUUCCCGUGAACCCAGUACCAAGUGCUGUAAAUCUGUUUGGUGGGAAUAAGUCACUUGUCGCAAGAACGUGAAGUGUUUUAACAGCCGCAGAAAUGUGCUGGAGCAAGUCUUUGGAAUGCAUUGUGAUAUGUUCAAAAAACAAAACUCAAUAAAGCUUGUAGACCUUAAUUGAUUGAUUCACAUUUAUUGAGUAAAAACAUGGAAA